AAACGGUCACACUCUCCUGAUAGUAAAUAAACUAUUUUCUGAAAUUUGCCAAGUAAAACGUAUAAAAUUAUAAAAAUAUGACGCGUCAUGCCCGCAAUUGUACGGCCGGAGCCGUUUACACGUACAACGAGAAGAAGCGCGAUGCGGCAGAGUCCGGCUACGGGACAAAUGCCCAGCGUUUGGGCAAGGAUUCGGUGAAGUCCUUCGACUGCUGCUCGCUGACGCUGCAGCCCUGCCGUCGUCCGGUGGUCACCAAGGAUGGCUUCCUGUUCGACAAGGAGGCCAUCCUGCAGUACAUUGUCACCAAGAAGAACGAGUACAGUCGCCGGCUGAAGGAGUACGAGCGUCUGCGUCGCGCGGAGGAGGAGCAAUUGAGCCAGGAGGCCAGCAGCAAGCAGCAGGCGCGCAUGGAGCGUUUCGUCAAUGCGGAGAAGCCAGCGAUGACUCCUGCCCACUCCUCUGCCGUCGGCGAGAGGCCCUCCACCUCAGCGGCAGCCACAAGCUCAUCCUCCUCCGCCACCCCCUCCACCAGCUCCACCAGCUCCUCCUCCAUAUCCAACAUGACGAACGGGCACGAAAAGAAGCUGCCCAGCUUUUGGCUGCCCUCCGAGUGUCCCAAUGCUGGGGCGGCCAAGGCCCAGAAGCCGGAUGCCACCAUCUACUGUCCCGUGUCGCAGCAGCCGUUGAGGGUCAAGGAUCUGAUCGAUGUGAAGUUCACGCUGCUCAAGGAUGGCGACUUCAAGCGAUCGCUGAUCGCCAAAGAGGCGCGCUACAUGUGUCCCAUCACCCACGACGUGCUCAGCAAUGCGGUGCCCUGCGCCGUGCUCCGGCCCACUGGCGAUGUGGUGACCAUGGAGUGCGUGGAGCGGCUGAUCAGAAAGGACAUGAUUCAUCCGCUCACCGAUCGCAAGCUCAAGGACAAGGACAUCAUUCCCCUGCAACGAGGCGGCACUGGUUACGCCACCACCAAUGACAAUCUGCAGGCCAAGGAAAAGCGACCCAUGCUCCAGGUCUAAAGCGAAUUUAGCUCAUUCCUUACAAACACAAAUACAACAACUCAUCGACAUAGACGCAUUUUUAGCAAUAAAGCAAUAAAUUCAUUUGGAUAUUGGUCUUAUUUUAACCAAGUCACAACGUAAAAGCUGUAAAAAAAUGGCUUUUAUUUGUCAAAUAUCUUAAAUUAUUUAAAAAUCCGUUUUUUGUAUACAAAUGUUUGGAAAUAAUGCUCGACAUUUAGAAUGUCAUAACUCGCUAAAAUUUUUACAGUAAUUUAAUUAUUAGUUUCCGGAAAGAAUCAUUAUGUAACCCCUUGUAAAAAAAUCGAAAAAUUUGUCAUAAAAUUAAUUUGUAGAAAUCGAGCAGGGUUGUAUAAAUAGGUAUACAUAUAUAUAUCUCUCUUAUGGCUAUGCGUCGUACUUUGGACAUAAAACCCUUUUAAAAAAUCAAUUUUUGAAUACUUACUUUUUUGAAUUCGUCAUAAAAUUUCCAACCGCAUGGCAUUCACAGCAAAUGUUUUGAAAAAAUUAUGAUGUAACCUUUUAUUAAAAUUGAGAAAAAAUAAAAAAACCAUAAACAUGGUUAAGUUAUUCCUUUGAAAGUAAUGAGAUAUAUAAACCCUUACUAUAUGAUAGCCAAAUGGGUAUCUACAAGGACAUAAACUAUCAAUUAUUAUUUUGUAACCUUAACAUCUGAUUCCAGCACUUUUUGGAUUGUUUCUGCCAAAAAAGCAAGGCAAACAUAAAAUAAAUUGUGCAUUAUGUUGAUUA